GGAGGGGUCGCUUCCAUCGAAUCCCCUUCUCACAGCGCGCGAGCUGCUGGCGGGAAGGCACGAGAAAAAGAAGGAGAGGGGAGGGUAAGACGGCAGGGAGCGCUUGUGCGCGCGCGUCUGUCUCUGCGUGCGCGUAGAUUGCACCACCGCAUCCCGUUCACCGUUUCUGCAGGGGGCCAUGCUCCGAUGGAGGGAAUAAAACCGACAACUGUCUCUUUACACUCCGAAUGAUCCGGCGCCACGUCACUCCAGAUGUGACUGACAAGUCGUUCUAUGCCGCCUGCUUUCGCUCCUGUGCUGUUUAACGCAGAGAGGCUGUGACAUCAUGGCUUUGGUUAUGGAACCUAUAAGUAAAUGGACACCAAAGCAAGUGCUGGACUGGAUGAAAGGUCUGGAUGACUGUCUCCAGCAGUAUGUGAAGAGUUUCGAGCGGGAGCAAAUGGGCGGAGAGCAGCUUCUCCACAUCACCCAUCAGGAGCUGGAGGAGUUGGGAGUUACGAGGAUAGGACACCAGGAGCUCAUCCUUGAAGCAGUUGAUCUCCUCUGUGCCCUGAACUAUGGCCUAGAGACAGAAAAUCUCCGGACUCUGUCACACAAGCUGAAUGCUUCAGCCAAGAACCUUCAGAACUUCAUCCUGGGUAGGCGGAGGGGAGGACACUAUGAUGGAAGAGCUUCCCGGAGGCUACCCAAUGAUUUCCUCACUUCAGUGGUGGAUUUAAUUGGUGCGGCAAAAAACCUACUAGCCUGGCUCGACAGGUCUCCAUUUGCCAGUGUGACAGAGUACUCAUUACUGAAGAACAAUAUUGUGCAGCUCUGCUUAGAAUUAACUACCAUCGUACAGCAGGACUGCACUGUGUAUGAGACAGAGAAUAAGAUUCUUCAUGUGUGCAAGACCUUAGCCGGGAUAUGUGACCACAUCAUCUCUCUGUCAUCAGACUCUCUGGUCUCUCAGUCAGCCCAUCUGGAAGUUGUUCACCUGACAAGCAUUAUGCCCAGUGAAGGCCUGGGGAUGUACAUCAAAUCAACAUAUGAUGGACUUCAUGUUAUUACUGGAACCACAGAGAAUUCUCCAGCAGAUCAGUGCAAAAAGAUUCAUGCGGGUGAUGAAGUCAUCCAAGUCAACCAUCAAACAGUGGUGGGCUGGCAGUUGAAGAACCUGGUCAAUGCUUUAAGAGAAGAUCCAUGUGGAGUUAUCCUAACACUGAAGAAAAGGCCACAGAAUACCCUGAGUUCCACUCCAGCUUUGCUGAGGAAUGUCCGCUGGAAACCACUGGGCUUGCAGACGGUCCCCACCAGCCCUACCAGCACCUCGCCUACACCAGGUGGAACUUUAGGCAUGUCCAAAAUGGAUGCCCAGGAUGUCUACAUCCUUUCCCCUGUCUCUGGACUCUACAGCCCCAGGGAGGAGUUGGGGUUGAUUUCAUGUGAUGACAUUACCCGGUACAGUGUGACCUCCCAAUCUGGUUCGAAAGGGUCAGAGGCUGUCAGCUACUACUUGGACCAGGACAGUGGUCAGUACUUCUCUCUUUUGGAAGGAGACGGACCACCGGGCAAUGAAUAUGACAGAAGCCGUAGUACAGGUGUGCGCAGGCGGGACAAGACUCCCACACACGGUGACCUCAGACCUGUGUCCAUGCCUCCUGAAUAUAACUGGAUGGCCGAGGCCAAGGAACCCAGCAUGGGCAAGAGAGGGAGCCGAGAUUCAGAUAACUCCCUACUACGUUACCUCAGCGAUGAUAAGAUCUUGGUCAUUGAGGAGGAGCCUGAAGGGCCGGGGAGAGAGAGCCGGAGGGACUCCACCAGACGCUCUCGCCGCAAGAGUCGCAAUCCAAGCAGUCCUAGUUUUCCCCUCAGUCCAUCCAUGCUGUCCUCUACAUUACGCUUAGACCAACCUCCAGAUCCUUUAUCUCGAGGAGCAGACACACUGCGAGACACAACAGACAGGUACUCUGGUUCUGGAAGCUCAGGAGCAGCCUCCAUGAAGAAAUCUUUCCAUUAUACUUCAUUGAGAACAAAAACCAAAAAGAGAAGUAAAGGUUCUCUCACGAGUGCCAGUCGAAGAAGAAUUUCCUGUAAGGAUCUGGGCCACGGUGACUGUGAAGGCUGGCUGUGGAAGAAAAAGGACGCCAAAGGAUACUUCACACAGAAAUGGCGGAAGUAUUGGUUUAUCCUGAAAGAAUCUUGCCUCUAUUGGUACACCAAUCAGAAUGAUGAGAAGGCUGAGGGCUUCAUCAGCCUCCCUGAGUUCAGAAUAGACCGAGCCAUAGAGUGCAGACGGAAAUUUGCCUUCAAAGCUUGCCAUCCCAAAAUCAAGAGCUUCUUCUUUGCCACAGACUGUCUUGAGGAAAUGAAUAGGUGGAUGAACCGGCUUGGAUUGGCAGCUAUUGGCUACACACCGGAUGACAAAGUGCCACGUCCAGAUGAAGACUACUGGAGUGAGAGUGAUCAAGAUGAGGUUGAUGGCUCUAUGACACUCAAACAAGAGGGACCAUCCUCCCUCUGCGAUACUUACCACCGCACACCAUCAGUCAAUUCCUCGAGCCCCUUCCCAGAACCAAAGCACGGGCGACAUUUUUCCAGCGAGUCAACCCACUCCCACUCAUCUGCAGAAGACCAGCGUGGAGAGGGAUUGGGCAUGGGCACGGGAACAGGCAGCACCAGUACCCACUCCUCAGGUUGCCGGUCUUCACAUCGUGAGCGUCGCUCCUGGCAGGACCUCAUUGAGACCCCUUUAACCAGCGCGGGGCUACAUUUCCUCCAGACAGCACCGGGAGAAAACGAUUAUAGUGGCCUAAUGGGGAGCAUGGCUGGGGACAUGGGGCUGUAUGGAGGACUUGGCAGACAGGGCAUGUCGCCAGAGAGACGCCGGCAGGCUACACUGCCAGUACGAAGACAUCACGCCACAGAGAGAGACAGGGACCGGGAUGGGCCUUUCCCUCUAGAGCGUGGUCCGUACACCCACAGCUACACGCACCGACGUUCCCAUAAGCAGCGCAGUCAGAGUCUACCUAGAAAUAGGGACCCAUUUGGAGGAAAGCUGAUACACUCAUCGCCUCACAUGGAGGAGAGAAGUGAAGAUGAGGAGGCAGAGAGGCAGGCCGCAGAUAUGCUUGAGGGUGAAGAGGACUUGCGAGAGGUGAGAUUUGAGAGCAGAGAGAGGAGGGUCUCAGAGGGAAGAGAGCGACGGGUGUCCGACGGACGUGAACCGGAGCCACCGGAUGGGCUAGAGCAACUCUACCGCGCCCUUGAACAAGCCAAUGUUACAGCGCUAGGUGACCCAAGACCCUGUAGCAGGCAGGAACUGCGACGAGGUUUCACUCAUAGAGUCAGGGACCCCCUUCUCAACGACAGACUGCACCGCAUCAGAGCACUACGCAGCACCUUAAAGGCCAAAGAGUCUGAGCUGGCAGUAAUCUGCGCCCUUUUGGAGGACCCAGGCCUGUGCUCCCAGACCUUCAGAGAUUGGAAACAGUGGCACAGUGAGCUCUAUUCCGACAUCUGUCAACUCAGCCCCGGCACCAAUGGCCAGGAUGAUCUCUCCCCACUGAGCGCUCCCAUCAUGACCCACACACACUCCUUUAUUGAGACCCAUGUGUGAGAUAGAUGGCAGACUGGACUUUCUAUCUAUAUAUCGCUCUCUCUUUGUCUCUCUCUCUCUCUCUCUCACACACACACACACACACACACACCUAUGCUCGCUUUGUUACAUGUAAAUACAGAGGGAAAAGUGAGAUGUAUGUGAGUGUACUUUUGAUAACUCUGAGGACCCCACAGGUGUCUGUUGCAUGCCUGAACAGAAACCAUUCAUCUUUUGUCUGUGGAACUCAGCAUAAAGUUCACAUGCCUGUCAAGAAGGAAAUGAAUGAUAAUGGAUAUGUUUGGACAUGUCCUUUGUAUACUGUAUUUUGUUUUUGCUCUGAAUCUGGUCGAUUUUUGGGUGGAGGGGCAUCUAUGUAGCAGCAAUACAGAGGAAAUCUUUUCACCACAGCACUGUACUUUUGUACUAAUGAACUUGCACCCAGAGCCACCAAUUCUCCCCGUUCACUGUUUCUCUUUUAUUUCUUCCCUGCAUAUCAUGCACUAUUAUUCUGAGAUGAUCUGACAGGGCAGUGUGGGAAAAGUAAGCUCAGUGACUAUUUAAAGACUGUGAAAACUUGCCAUUAAUGCUGUUCAUGUCUCUUUACCAAUGAAAACCACCGCUACAGGCAAACAAGGACCAUUUUCUAGACACACAAUUUCAAACUGUGAAAAUGUUUAUCCGCGCAGGGAGGUUAGACUCCUCUGUUUGUGUGCAAAUCUACAGUUGAUUUUUUCUUUUCUCAGCACCGCUCCAAACUUUGUUGUCUGUCAUUCCAUUUUUAAUUUUUUCUGUCUCUCCUUUCUUCUGAGAUUUUGUAUUUGUGUACACAUUACUGCUGUGUAUACUAAUGUAAAUGUUUGCGUUCAACUACCACUGUGAUUUGCUUUUAGAGAGAGCACUGAGAGGAUGUAUUUGAAUGUGUGCAUUUUUUGAGGGUGGGGCUGGGGGGUUGUUAUACUGUGACAGCAAGAGUCAUUUUCAAAGGAGUCAUUCAUUGCAAAGAACGCACUUUCAAUGUAUUUUAAUCUCAUUAGCAACAUCACAGGGUCUGUCUCACUGGCCUCUACCAUUGCUGUUGAAAAUAUCAGGUAAAGGCUUCUAAUUUUCUGAAGAUUUAUGUACAGUCGACUAAUAUAUUUAAACAUAGACAAAUAUAUAACUAUCUUUACGUUUUGUGUCAUAAAUAUAAUGUAAAGUAUGAUGUAUUCUAUGCCAAGGUUUUGCAUUGUACCCCUCUUUACACUGUUGCUGUUGAUGCAAUUUAACUCUGAGCAAAGCCUGUCAUCAAUCAGAGUGACAGAGAGUUUUUUAUUGGUAUGGAGAAACAUAAAAGUUGACUCAUAGACAUUCUCCUGGUUAUGCGAUGCAUGUGAAAAGGCCUGGGACUGAUUUAAUUGGACAGGGUAAAAUAUUGUGGAUCAUUUUUUGUCAAUUCUUAUAUGCUCCUUAUGAUUGCAAGAUUGACCGACUCGUAGCGCAUGAUACACACAAGAGUACCAUUGAAGAAUGAUUUUUCAUUUUGACCGAUGUGAGAAUUUCUUCUAUAUAUGUGUGGGUCUGUACAAUUGGAAGAAGGGGGGGUGGACAGUCUAUUAAAUCAACAUUGGAUGGGAUGCAUCACCUCGUCAGCAUCCUAAAAAAGAGGUGACGAAAAUUUAGUUUAUGCACCACAGAGUGACUUUGAGUUAUAAACAUACUGUCACUUGGCAAAGAAAAGGUUGUUUGAUACCGUGUUUUUCAAUACAAUCUCAGUCAUGUCUUCCCGACAGCUGGCUAAAGACUCAAUAGCGCCCCCUGGAGUGACGAACUCUCAAUCGUGUAGCACCAACUGUAUCAAGCACUAUAUUUAGGUAUGCCUCACCUUCUACGAUCAUUCUUUUAGUCUCGCUCUAGUUUGUAUCAUCAUGUUACACGCUUGUGAAAUAUGAAACACAACCCAAAAAUACAGUUCUGUUUUUUGAAUGGUUUAUUUGACAGUACCACAACAAAACUAAAUGAUGCAAGGACUUUCCCUGUGCCUCCCAAUCCUCUCCUUACCAACAUCGUCAGACUGACCACACCGGACUUCCUUCAUACACUUAGCUGUAGACAAUUGACGAUGCAGUCUUAGUCUGCAGAGGUCUGUACGUUACUCAACGUUUGGUUUGUUCUCCGUUUUUCUCACAUGCUGCUCAGCGAAACAGCAACUUGACUGUAGACAAGUUCUGAUUUGUGACCACAGUUCUGAUUUGUGUAAUCACUUUCUCAUCUUUGUGUGUGUAGACCUGCAGAACCAGGCCUAAAAGGGGGAUUCACUGUGUGUCCUUUCAGGGGUGUACAUGUACACCUCAUGGUACAUUGCACAUGGUGUGUAAGAUGUAAGUUGCACUGCGACAUAAAAAAGGAACAUAUUGCUCUUUUUCAAGGAUGUUAUUAGCUUACUGUAAUUCUGUACAAUAAACGGACUGAAGAUGAUAUAAAAAAAAGACAAGUACAUUUAUUCUUCCUAAGUAGCCUUUUUUGGUUUCAUAUAUAUGGGUAUAUAUUACAAAAAAUACAGAUUGUAAGUUGUUAAACUUUAACUCCAAUAAACUGAAUCUUCUGCACUAUGA